AUGGGGUUUCUGUCCAGAAUCAAGCCGCAGACGGCUGGUCAAGUCGCCCCCGACUCCCACAACCAGUCGGACAGCGAGGCAUCCGUCAUCCGUGAUGGAGAUCUCGCCUACGUCCGCCAGGCGGCUGGCAACGGUGCUUCGGGAUACCAGGAGGCUGUCGGCGCACCUGUCGAAUCCCGCUCCCCUUUGGGCUACCACGUCAACUGGCUCACUAUCAUCUUCCUCAACGUCAAUCAUAUGGUAGGCACCGGUAUCUUCUCCACGCCAGCUACCAUUCUCCGCCUAACUGGCUCCGUGGGACUGGCUCUAGUUUACUGGGUCAUUGGAUUCCUGCUGGCCGUUGCCGGUCUUGGUGUCCAUCUCGAGUUUACCAGUUACUUCCCAACCCGCAGCGGCUCCGAGGUUGUCUGGCUCGAGCAGAGUUACCCGCGUCCUAAGCACUUCUUCCCUGUUACCUACGCAGUUCAGACAGUUCUCCUGUCUUUCAGCAGUAGCAAUGCCAUAGUGCUAUCCAACUACUUGUGGCGCAUCGUCGGACGCACGCCCAGCCCCUGGGAGCUCAAGGGCGUGGCCAUUGCCGCCUACACAUUGGCAGUCAUUUGCGUUGCCGCUCAUAACAGGUACGCGUACUGGGCCAUUAACGGAAUUGGCGCCCUCAAGCUCCUACUGCUCGUCUUCAUCUCCAUCUCGGGCCUGGUUAUCCUUGGAGGCCAUGUUCCCAGCAUUCCGAACCCGGGCCUCAAUUUUGCCGAUGGCAAGGGCUUUAUAGGCACUACCUCGAGCGGUUACAACCUAUCUCAAGCUAUGGUUAAUAUCACCUUCGCAUUUUCGGGGUGGCAGAACGCCUUCAGCAUGGUCAACGAGAUCAAGAACCCCAUUCCGACUCUCAAGAAGAACGCCACUGCGUCGCUGCUGAUCGUCUUCACUCUCUACUUUCUCUGCAACAUCGCGUAUUUCGCUGCCGUUCCCAAGGAUACCUUUAUCAAGUCGAGCGAGCUGGCCGCCGCCGUCUUCUUCCGCACUGCCUUUGGAUCCACUGCCGAGUCAGCCCUCAACUUCUGUGUCCUCCUCAGCUCCUUUGGCAACCUGCUGGCCGUCCUCAUCAGCCAAUCGCGGCAGAUCCGCGAGAUUGCCCGUCAAGGCGUGCUCCCCUGGACGGAGUUCUGGGUGUCGACCAGACCCUUCGGCACGCCCAUCGGCCCCUAUCUCCUGAAAUGGGCUUUCACCUUCCUCAUGAUCGUGGCGCCCCCGGCUGGCGACGCAUUCCAGUUCGUCGUGUCCCUCAAGACGUAUCCGGAUGCCAUCUUCCACGUGGCGAUGGGUGUAGGUCUCCUCAUCCUCCGCCGCCGCCGAGACGUCUCCGGCACUCCCCGGUCCGAGUUCCGGGCCUGGUGGGCUAUCGUCAUACUGUAUCUGCUCGCCCAGGUCUACCUGCUGAUCAUGCCAUGGAUCCCUCCGGAGAAGGGCAUCUACGCCGGCACUGUGAGCUUCUUCUACGCGACCUACAUGAUCGUCGGGAUUGGCAUCAUCGUCAUCUGCUACGUCUACUACUACUUCUGGAUGAACCUUCUCCCCCGGUGGGGUAAAUAUUCCAUCCGGGCCCAGGUGAUCAAUGUCGAUGAGAACGGUGCCAAUACGCACCGGCUCCUGCGCGUGCCGAAUGCUGAGGUGGAUGAAUGGGAUGCCACUCACGAUGAUCUUGGUCGGGAGUUGCGCCACCGGCGUCCCCAUAGGGACAGUGGCUCUGAGCCAGCAAGUGAGAAGCCCAAUGGGUCGGAUGAGAAGGUUGGCCCUACCGAGAGCAUCUCUAGGGUCUAG